UUGGAGCAUGGAGAGUAGAAUAAAAGAUAGUUAAAUUGCUUAUUCUCUAUUUUAGUCUCUAGAUAUAAAAAAUUUAGAGUAAAAUUGAGCUGGAUUGGAGAUGGUGUAAAGAGAUUUAGAUUCUUACUCGUACUAAUUGUUCGAUGGGAUUGAGAGAUUUUAGCUUUGCUAAUUGAUUGAGCUGCAUCAGUGUUGGAGAGGUAUGACAUAGCUUUUCUCUAAUUUAAAUUUUUGAAAAUUAUUUCACAAGUUUGUGAAAGCAGGUUUGUAGUUUAGGGCGAGUGAAGGGAGCAAAAGCAGGUUAUAUAUAUUGGAGAAUCUCGUCUCGUUAAAAUAAAACGUAGGAUUUGUGAUGGAAUUUAUACUUGUGAAGAUGUAUAAAUUGAAUCCUUCAUUCCCAAGUCCCAAUUCAUUUCACAAAACCCUAGUUCUCUAUCACUCCAUGAUCUAAUUUCAUCCUAAGUUUUUUUGUGUGUGAAUUUGAGUUGGAAGAGGGAAUAGAGAUGAGUCAACCAUCGGUGGUGCUAGCAACGGCUAGCUAUGAUCACACUAUAAAGUUUUGGGAGGCCAAGAGUGCCCGCUGCUAUCGAACUAUCCAAUACCCAGAAUCACAAGUUAAUCGUCUUGAAAUUACUCCGGAUAAACGCUUCCUGGCUGCUGCUGGAAAUCCUCACAUUCGAUUAUUCGACAUCAACUCUAACAGUCCUCAGCCGCUGAGGAGCUUUGAUUCACACACUAAUAAUGUGAUGGCAGUAGGAUUUCAAUGUGAUGGAAACUGGAUGUAUUCUGGAUCUGAAGAUGGCACUGUAAAGAUUUGGGAUUUGAGGGCACCAGGUUGUCAGAGGGAAUAUGAAAGUCGGGCAGCUGUGAACACUGUAGUUUUGCACCCUAAUCAGACUGAGUUGAUAUCUGGAGACCAAAAUGGCAAUAUACGUGUGUGGGAUUUGAGAGCAAAUUCAUGUAGCUGUGAGUUGGUACCGGAGGUGGAUACAGCUGUUCGGUCUUUGACUAUAAUGUGGGAUGGAAGCUUAAUUGUUGCUGCCAACAAUCGUGGAACGUGUUAUGUUUGGCGUUUACUACGUGGCACUGAGACAAUGACCAACUUUGAGCCUCUGCAUAAGUUACAGGCUCAUGAUGGUUAUAUCCUCAAAUGUCUUCUUUCACCUGAAUUAUGCGAACCUCACAGGUAUCUGGCGACUGCAUCUUCUGAUCAUACUGUCAAGAUUUGGAAUGUGGAUGGCUUUACCUUGGAGAAAACUCUGAUAGGACAUGAACGCUGGGUUUGGGACUGUGUAUUCUCUGUAGAUGGUGCUUUUCUCAUCACGGCAUCUUCUGAUACAACAGCAAGAUUGUGGUCCACAUCUACAGGCAAAGAUAUCAAAGUAUACCAAGGGCAUCAUAAAGCAACAGUAUGUUGUGCUCUACAUGACGGGCCUGAACCUUCUAGCUGAACUUGGAUCAUGCAUUGUUCAUCUUACAUUCAGACAAAUUGUUUGAUGGACAUCAUAGAUUGCCCCCGAGGGCACUAGUUUAGUGGUAAUACCCUGCAGUGUGUGAUGUGUUGGUCGGAUGAGGUACAUGCGUUUGAGCAUUGCCGCAUACAAAAGCUUGGUAUUUAAGUGAAAAAGGGUAGAUGAUCCACUGAAAUCAUGCCAGUUGGCCCCCAAGGAUUUCGUGGUUAUCAAAUAUAUUUUAGAUGUAAUUUGGACGAUUGACGUGGUGUUUUACAGGAUGUUCAGUUUAUCCUGUUCUCUAGGCAUGUGUAGAGAAGUGGCAUUCUACCAUUAGCUUACUUCCAUGGUUUCAUGGCAUCCGUUGAAAUUGUGUGCUUCUACAUAUCCUGAUCUGUUUGGUAAAAAAUUCCAGCACUGAACAAAAUCAUGAUGCAACACUCAGUUUUUGGUAUGAGCUUUUAGCAUAAAUAAUACAUUUUACUUGA